CGCCUUCAAGUCGCCCAACCCGCGUUACUGUCACAUUCGUUUUGGCUCCGCCUAGAGGAUACAGCUCCGCCUCUGAAAAUUGUACGGUCAGACAGCUGAUCCUGAGCGGACUCGUGUCUGAUUCGCAUACGCGGACGCGACAAACUAAACCGGCGCGCGCCGCCUAGAGUUAUAGGCUCCGCCUACGCGCGCUGAGCCGACCAAUGUCUGCACCCGCAGACGUGGACGCGCCUACUAGCGUGUACGCGCAUGAGCCAAGAUCUCUGGACUUUCUUUGCUGGAACACGAACCUCCACCGUCUCGCCGAGUGCCAGCAAGAGUCAUGAGUACUUGUCAACUCGACUCCUCAACUGGAGAUAACUUUCUAGCACCUCACCAUGGGGAAGGAUGUAUUCAUAUGCCUUCACCAGCACCUGCAUUAAACAUGCAGAGAGUUACACAAGUUCUUACCACCUUGGGGCACCAUUCAGACAACUACAAAGACGCAUUAAAAAUAAUGCAACAAUAUGGAAAGGGCUGCGACACCUCAGACCUGCAAUCUGAGGCAGAGAACGAGGAGCUGCCAGAAAAAAGGAACAGGAAGCCAGUCCAUCGUCUCGGGGACUCAGAUGAUAGCGAAGAAGACCCGGGAAAUAGUGACCUCACAUCUCUGGGGUUGACAAGCCAAUUGCACAGGCAGACUCCACCGUCUCGCCGAGUGCCAGCAAGAGUCAUGAGUACUUGUCAACUCGACUCCUCAACUGGAGAUAACUUUCUAGCACCUCACCAUGGGGAAGGACGCAUUCAUAUGCCUUCACCAGCACCUGCAUUAAACAUGCAGAGAGUUACACAAGGAACGGCAGUCCCUCCUCGACUCCCUCCACCCCCCUCACCAGCAGCCCUCAACAUGUGGCAGACAGAGGAGCCUGGAUCCAGCCUGGCCUACAGGCCAACAUGGCGAGGGGGAAGAAUGGCCGACAACAUUUCCUGCUCUGGUGAGCAAUAACUGACAAAUACCGGAUGGUCAUUCUGUGCCACAAAUUUUGGAAAAAAUUCAAAUUCACAAGCAAUCACAUAUUUUCUUCAAACUUUGUCAAUAACUUUUGUCAUUAACUAAGGUCAAUAGCUAAUGUCAGGAUUAUGAGUAAUGAGGAUAAACA